GCUCAUGCUCAUUCAGCUUUCGCUAUCGCUGGAAAGCUCGGAACUCGAUCAAAAAAUGUUCACCGCCAUGCCACCAGCUUGUUGUUACUGCUAAGAUGUUUAUUAAACGUUAAGUUCUAUCGUUGUUUUAUACUGAGAUGUAGUCUAUAUGAAUUGCCGUAAAGGCAAUCUUUGUCGUCGUCCAACUGUUAAACAAAAGGCCUCACCAUUGCGAACAUAAUACCUAUUAUGAUGCUGGGGCGCAAGCAGAGCCUCAAGGGGGAACCCGUCUUGGCCGAUUACGGGCCAGAGGAGUCCCUCAAUGAGAGCGCUGACAUAGAGUGGGUGAAUAAGCUGUGGGUUAGGAGGUUGAUGAGGUUCUGCGCCCUGGUAUCAUUAACUUCAGUCUGCUUGAAUACUCCAAAGACUUUUGAAAAAAUUCCGCCUCUUCAGUAUGUUACCUUCAUUUGCGAUUUAGUCGUCACGUUCUUAUUUACCGCUGAAAUGAUUGCCAAGAUGCAUAUCAGAGGUAUACUGAAGAGGGACAAAUCUUACUUGAAAGAUCAUUGGUGCCAAUUCGAUGGGAGUAUGGUGGUCUUCCUCUGGUUGUCCGUAAUUUUACAAAUGUUCGAAAUGCUGGGCUUCGUUUUAAAAUUUAGUUACGUUUCGAUACUACGAGCACCACGACCCUUAAUUAUGAUACGCUUCCUAAGAGUCUUCCUUAAGUUCUCCAUGCCCAAAGCUAGGAUUAAUCUAAUUUUCAAACGCUCGAGCCAACAAAUAUACAACGUGACCCUCUUCUUUCUUUUCUUCAUGUCUCUCUACGGUCUUCUAGGCGUCCAGUUCUUCGGUGAAUUGAAAAACCAUUGUGUUCUUAACACCACCGAUCCAAAACGCAUUACUAUAAACAGUUUAGCGAUUCCUGAUACUUUCUGUUCGACUGAUCCUGAAUCUGGAUACCAAUGUCCAGAGGGGAUGACCUGUAUGAAGCUCGAGUUAUCCAAGUACAUCAUGGGUUUCAAUGGUUUCGACGAGUUUGCUACGAGUAUUUUCACUGUUUAUCAAGCCGCGUCGCAAGAAGGAUGGGUUUUCAUCAUGUACCGUGCGAUAGACAGUCUACCCGCUUGGCGUCCAGUUCUCUACUUCAGUACAAUGAUAUUUUUCUUAGCUUGGCUCGUGAAGAAUGUCUUCAUCGCAGUUAUCACAGAGACGUUUAACGAAAUACGAGUACAAUUCCAGCAGAUGUGGGGCGUGAGGGGACACAUCAGCAACAGCACUGCGUCACAAAUACUGACGGGUGACGAUAACGGUUGGAAAUUGGUAACUCUAGAUGAAAAUAAACACGGAGGAUUGGCCUCUCCCGUGUGUCACGCCGUCCUGAGAUCUCCUCAUUUUCGCAUGGUAGUGAUGUGCGCGAUUCUGGCGAACGGCAUCACCACCGCGACGAUGAGCUUCAAACACGACGAAAAACCAAGGCACACGUAUUACGACAAGUAUUACUAUGCCGAGAUCGCGUUCACGACAUUCUUGGACCUCGAAACGUUAUUCAAAAUUUGGUGCCUCGGAUUCCGCAGUUAUUACAAGCAUUCGAUUCACAAAUUCGAGCUGCUGCUGGCAAUUGGUACAACCAUACACAUCAUUCCGUUCUUCUAUCUUUCUGGAUUCACGUAUUUUCAGGUUCUCAGGGUAGUCAGACUCAUCAAAGCAUCCCCGAUGUUGGAGGACUUCGUGUAUAAGAUAUUCGGACCUGGAAAGAAAUUGGGAAGCCUCAUAAUUUUUACCAUGUGUCUACUCGUGAUAUCGUCUAGCAUAUCUAUGCAGCUCUUCUGUUUUCUCUGCGACUUUACAAAAUUUGAGACCUUCCCGGAGGCGUUCAUGUCUAUGUUUCAAAUCCUGACGCAAGAAGCUUGGGUCGACGUAAUGGAUGAAACAAUGCUCAGAACACAUGAGACAAUGGGCCCUUUCGUUGCCGUAUACUUCAUUUUAUACCAUCUAUUCGUCACAUUGAUCGUGUUAAGUCUGUUCGUUGCAGUCAUCUUGGAUAAUCUUGAACUGGACGAGGAUAUCAAAAAAUUGAAACAAUUAAAGUUCCGCGAGCAAAGCGCAGAGAUAAAAGAAACCCUACCAUUCAGAUUGAGAAUUUUUGAGAAGUUCCCUGAUAGUCCUCAGAUGACAUGCUUGCACAAAGUACCGUCAGACUUCAGUCUUCCGAAGGUGCGCGAAAGCUUCAUGCGACAAUUUGUAUUCGAAAUGGAAAACGAGGAAAACGAAGGGGCGAAAAAAAUUAACGAAACGUUUGAUUCGAAAAUGAUAUACAGAAAACAACGGCCAGUAAAGAUUUUAAAUAAUCCACCGAAAGUAAGGAACGUUGUCACUAAUCUUAAAAAAGCGGCUGUUAGUUACAUUAUAAACGACUCCAAUAAUCAGAGGCUCCUAUUAGGCGAUUCUGCUAUGAUACCAGUACCAGGAAAAGGUCUUUUGAAGCCACAAGGUACCGUUAACAGUGCCAAGCAACUGCGCAUCGAUCAGAAAAAGUCGAUCAGAAGAAGCGUUCGCAGCGGAUCGAUCAAGUUAAAGCAAACGUACGAACAUCUGAUGGAAAACGGUGAUAUCGGAGGUAUAAACAGAGUCAGUUCUUCCCGCAGUAGACCACAUGAUUUGGAUAUUAAAUUGCUACAAGCCAAAAGGCAGCAAGCGGAGAUGCGAAGAAAUCAACGCGAGGAGGACUUGCGCGAAAAUCACCCAUUUUUCGAUACUCCGCUGUUCGCGGUGCCGCGUGAGAGUAAAUUUCGCAAAAUUUGUCAGUCUCUCGUUUACGCGAGGUACGACACGAACGUGAAAGAUCCUUUAACUGGAAAAGAAAGAAAAGUUCAGUAUAAAAGCCUACACAACUUCCUUGGCUUGGUCACGUACCUUGAUUGGGUAAUGAUCCUUGCUACGACGAUGUCUUGCAUCUCCAUGAUGUUCGAAACGCCUCGUUAUCGUGUGAUGGAAGUACCGGCAUUGCAAAUCGCCGAGUACGGUUUCGUUAUCUUCAUGAGUAUCGAGCUAGCGCUUAAGAUUUUGGCGGAUGGAUUGUUUUUCACGCCGAAGGCCUACAUCAAAGAUGUUGCCUCUGUCCUGGACGUUUUUAUCUACGUCGUCAGUCUUGUAUUUCUUUGCUGGAUGCCGAAGAGCGUGCCAGCGAAUUCUGGCGCGCAGCUUCUCAUGAUUCUACGAUGCGUCAGACCGUUGAGGAUCUUCACUCUUGUACCGCACAUGAGAAAGGUCGUUUACGAGUUGUGUAGGGGCUUCAAAGAGAUCUUACUGGUGUCUACUCUGUUGAUCCUAUUGAUGUUCAUAUUUGCGAGUUACGGUGUACAGCUUUACGGGGGUAGAUUGGCUCGGUGCAACGAUCCGACCAUCUUGAAACGGGAGAAUUGCGUUGGUGUAUUCAUGCGGCGAGUAUUCGUAACAAAAAUGAAACUACGACCGGGCCAAAAUGAGAGCUACCCGUCUAUAUUGGUACCACGCGUUUGGGCCAAUCCUAGGCGGUUUAACUUCGACCAUAUCGGUGACGCACUGAUGGCGCUUUUCGAAGUACUCUCAUUUAAAGGGUGGCUAGACGUUAGAGACGUUCUUAUCAAAGCACUCGGGCCCGUCCACGCUAUCUAUAUCCACAUCUAUAUAUUUUUGGGUUGCAUGAUUGGUUUGACUUUGUUCGUUGGUGUCGUAAUCGCCAAUUACUCUGAAAACAAAGGAACCGCGUUACUCACAGUCGAUCAAAGACGAUGGUGCGAUUUAAAGAAGCGACUGAAAAUCGCUCAACCGUUGCACUUGCCACCCAGACCAGAUGGGAAGAAAUUCCGAGCCUUUAUCUAUGACAUCACUCAGAAUAUAUAUUUUAAAAGAUUCAUCGCGGUUAUGGUACUCAUAAACAGUGCUCUUCUGUGCGUUUCUUGGAGAAUCGAGGAAGAACACACGGAAGCGCUCGCUACGGUUUCCACGAUUCUGACACUGAUCUUCCUCGUGGAAGUGAUCAUGAAAAAUAUUGCUUUUACACCACGUGGCUAUUGGCAGUCCAGAAGAAACAGAUAUGAUUUGCUCGUGACAGUUGUGGGUGUUAUUUGGAUCGUCAUUCAUUGUACAAUGAAGAACGAUUCGUCGUACCUAAUCGGCUUUAUGGUCGUGAUCCUUAGAUUCUUCACCAUCACUGGCAAACAUACAACUCUGAAAAUGUUGAUGUUGACAGUCGGAGUGUCCGUUUGCAAAAGUUUCUUUAUUAUAUUUGGCAUGUUUCUCCUUGUUUUCUUUUACGCCCUAGCAGGCACGAUCAUUUUUGGAACAGUAAAGUAUGGCGAAGGUAUAGGAAGGCGUGCCAAUUUUGAAUCGCCCGUGACUGGCGUUGCUAUGCUCUUUCGUAUCGUCACUGGAGAGGAUUGGAAUAAGAUAAUGCACGAUUGCAUGAUACAACCGCCGUAUUGCACUCCGGCUGCUAAUUAUUGGGAGACCGAUUGCGGGAAUUUUCAUGCUUCCUUAAUUUAUUUUUGUACUUUUUACGUCAUUAUCACUUACAUUGUUUUAAAUCUUCUGGUGGCUAUUAUCAUGGAGAACUUUUCUCUAUUUUAUUCGAACGAGGAAGACGCGUUAUUGUCGUACGCCGACAUUAGAAAUUUCCAAAACACCUGGAACGUCGUCGACAAUCACCAAAAGGGUGUCAUACCGGUGAAACGGGUAAAGUUUAUCUUACGGCUGUUGAAAGGCCGACUAGAGACAGAUCCACAAAAGGAUCGGCUGCUCUUCAAGCAUAUGUGUUACGAGCUGGAGAAGUUGAACAAUGGCGAAGAAGUUACUUUCCACGAUGUUAUUAAUAUGUUGUCGUAUCGCUCGGUCGAUAUACGGAAAGCUCUUCAACUCGAGGAACUACUGGCAAGGGAGGAGUUCGAGUACAUCAUCGAAGAAGAAGUCGCUAAACAAACGAUAAGAAAUUGGUUAGAGGGUUGUCUGAAAAAAAUUCGAGCGAGUGGGAAGCAGCAAAAUAGUCUCGUUGCUGGUCUUCGUGCGAACACUGACCAACCCAUACAACAACAAGAGCAUACGGAAGAGAAAAGAAAGGAAGCAGACAAAGAAGAAGAAACUGAAACAAAGGACACGGACGGAUCUAAGCACAAAGUUAAGAAACCACCAGCUCUCCCAAGAUCUGAGAGUAUAGGCAGUGGAUCUGGAAGGAAAUAUUUGACUCCAACUCUGUCGGAUCCUGCGUCGAUUAGGUCUGAAAAAGACAAGAAUGUAGCACCUAAGAAAAGAAACAAUAGACCACCACCGAUGGCGAAAAAUAAUUUGCCACAUCUCACAGAAAGUUCCGAGCAGAGCAGACAACAGAGGGAAGCUUUCAAUGCAAAGACAACCGCGCCGAAACCUUCCAGCGUUAUACUGGAAGUUCGCGAAUGGUGGAAAGAGCAGUUGGCGUAUAGCAGUGAGUCCAGCGAGGACGAGGUUUAAAUAAUGUUCAUAUUUUAUAACUUGUAUAAAUGGAAAGCAUGGGUAUAAAAAAUGGAGCACAUGCUUUUAACAAUCGACAUAAAGAUAUAUGUAAAUGAAUCAAAUUUGAAAGGGAUGCAAAUACGAAUUAUGUUUUAAUGUUUCUCGCAUGUGCUUCGUUCUUAUUUAUACGCAUACGUUUAACAUUGACGAAUUAAGUUUGCUGAAACGACAGUUAAGUGAACAAGGUGUGCCUGAAAUACCUAUGUUAAAGAGCCAAGGAAAGAGAAGGUGUGAUUCCUGUAAUGCAAUUAAAAAUUCCAAAAGAUAACUAUCUUCUUGAUUGUAUAAUUUUUUAGUAUCGCUGCGUAAUCUUACGAUGCGCAGAGAUACAUUUACCGAUUUGUGCUUAACUGUUCGCUUUGUUAACUUCUAAUAAAAUGUAUGAAUAAUUUUAUUAUCACGCGAGGAAAUAGUAUCGUAUCAGUUUGUGUUUUUUAGUACAGACGCCGUUAAUUUUGUUCCCUCAUAUCUCAGCUUGCUAACGCAAAUACUCAGGUUCUAUAUAGAUUAAUGUUUUGUAGAUUGUACAGCGUGUUUUUAGAUAAAUUAAAAAUAAUUUGUUACUUGUGUUACAUAUAUUUUGUGUCAUUUGUUGGUGUUGAAGUGUGGAAUUUGUAGAAAAUUAUAGAACUAGGUACGGUAGAUUUUGUACAAUAAAAAAUGUUAAAUCAUGGAAGUGCUAAUUAAAAUGAAUCAAACUGACGUUGUCGAUGACAACUACUAGUACAAGAAACAAAAAUGACAAUUUCUUCUGUAAUGGAAAUAAUUCGGUUGUCGAAAGUUUGAUCGAUCUAUGUAAAUGAAAACAAUUAAAUGUGGUACGAGUUUGUUUGUUUAUAACAGAAACAUUACGUCCCGAAGGCCUGUAUUAUAACGAUAAGAACGUAGCGACUUUAAUACCGGCAGUGUAAAGCUUUUACAUCUGUUUGUAAAUGUGUAGUGUUUUUGUUAUGGGCAUAGAUAUAGUGAAACCUUUGAUACACUCAACGAUAAUAAUUUACUCAUACAAAUUAUUCGUAUAAAAAAGAAAACAUCAAAUCAUAACAUCGUCAACAUAUUAUUUCAAUCAAGCGUCACCGAGCGUACGAGUACAAGUGAACAGAAUUUCAUUCUUAAACGGAUAUGAAGAUUAAUAAUUUCAUUCAAAAAUAAGUUCAAACGGAUCACCAAAGUAGCGAUAGCUAAUAGAGGCUGUAGACGAUGUUACAAAAUUAAGCAUUUUUUUAACGAAAAGAAAGUGCAGAUAGAACAAAUUACGUGUAAAAAAAAAGAUGCCUAAAUAUUAGAUAUAUACUUAAACGAGACAACACAACUAUUUAUAUCUAUGUGAUAUGAGUUGAUUUUAUAUACAUAUAUAUAUAUAUAUAUAUACA